AUGCUUUUUGGGGCGUCUUCUGUUGAGUGGAAGGUUUGUUAACUUCGGUUACAAUUACGUUAUAGUUCAAAGGAUAAUGGAUUUUUAAAGAUCUCCUCAGGCAAUUUUCGUUGCGAAGUUAUUAGACUUUGUUGCGUCUUCAGAGGGGAACUGUGCACACUUUAAUUUUACGUCUUAAAGUUACUUCUAGUGUGGUUAGAGUUUCUUCUUUUUUAAAGAGUGUUGCUCUCCAUUAGCACACAUCCGAUAAGUCCAUUGUCUUAGCCACAAACGCAAAGCAAAUUAAUUAGCUUGCGAGCGGAAACCACUCGCUUUUACCAAACUACAAAGCAUAAGCUUCAUUUGCCAACUGAGAGCACAACAUCAGUAGAUUGUGAGGUCCCCUCUAAGGAAUUUAAAGGCACGCGUGGUAACCUUUCAUAAGAGUAACAUCAUUGUGUACAUCCCUAAAGAUUGACUGGCCUGUCCUUGAUCCUCAAAACCCCCUCAGUGGAUAACAGUGUUUUGACAUUUGAAUUUUGCAUACUGAAACGCAAAAUGGUAUGCGUCGAAAAGUGUCCUUUGUUGUUUUAAGGGAGCAUGACAAUAGAACGCCUGUCAGAUUGAACAAUAUGAUCUAUUUAUUGGCUGACAUUAUCCUGAGAAACCUCUAACCUCAUAUACUCUCGCACAGCGAACAGACAAGGACCGUGGAGAAUCAAACGUAAAAAUUGGUAAAACAGCUUCAACUGGACGGUUUAAUUGAGCCUCGACGCAGAUUAUUGGAUCAUGCAGCAGGCAUAGAUCCUUCAUGUCGCUAAGACGAGAAAACACGGUUCCUCCGCGAACGUUGUAUGGAGCGGCUACGAUGCGUCAGCCACGAAACUUCACGCCACCACAACAGCGGCGGAGUACCCAAGGCCACGCACAAAGAAGAGGAAGCCUCGGACAUCUAUACUCCUCCGAUAAAAAGCCACUUACAACUCGGAGCAAUAGUUUCAGUUUUGCUAAUGACGAUUUUAGUCCGACCAAGCUGGACUUUCAAUCGCUCAAGAAACGGUCAAGUUUGCUGGGUGGCAAGUUUAAGUCCGGGAAUAAAGACCCCGAGGGUGUUGCCUGUAGCGAGAAGCACUCCAUAGUUAUGCUGGGAGCAGGAGGAGUAGGAAAGACAGGUAAACUGGCCAUGCAUAGCGGUUACAUUAUAUAACACAUAGCGUCUAAUAGUGCUGAUUCACAGCUAUUGUAACUUAAAUUAGAGAAUUAAUGUAAGGAAACAUGCAGUUCUAUUUCGCAAGACACAUGGAUCACUAAGCUAGUCAGUAUGCAAGAAAAUUUCAAUUGACGAAACAUUUGAGACAGAUCAAGAUGCGCUCUCCGAUUAGAUUAACAGCAGAUAAAAGAGUAUCGUGACUGUGAAAGCUUUUGAAAAUAAAGCAUGGAACAACUUCUUUCAUGACCAUGGAAGUAAUGAUCGUUUCUUUUCACAAUGUAUGUAUUGAACAAAGAACCGGCGUGAAAGCAGAAUAUAAUUGCAUCCUUAAUCUGGCACGGAUCAUCAAUUAUGGACUUAUUUCCUAAAUUUCUUGAGGGAACCACUCGAGUCUUUCCUUCUGGAAAGCUGAUAUAGUUAUUCCUCGCCCGCAACUUCUCUCAUGGAUAGGAACAGACGUCACUCUAGAUUUGUUAUCAGAGUUUAUAUUGUCGGCUUUACUCAAACCUUAAUAUCUCGUUUUGUUUGAAUAGCGAUUAGUAAGAUUGGCAUAUUUUUUUCUCUUUUGUCUUUCAGCUUUGGUAGUUCGCUUCGUGACUGGCCGAUUUUUAAAUGAAUAUGAUCCAACAUUAGGUGAGGAAGAAGUUUAUCCAAAGUAGUUUGUCUGACAGCGUAGAAAUAUAAACUUGCGGCAAGUCGUCGGUAUCAUAUUUUUCUGUCCGGAAAAGCGGGAUAAGUUUGUCGUGCGGUCUGAUUUGAUUUCUGACAGGUUUGUGUACAAAAAAUAAUUUCUAAGUGUUAAUUUCUUUAGCAGAUUUUUUUUUGCUUGCGCUCGUGCACCGCUUAAGGGUUAAUAACGAUCACGCCUUCUUACUCGCACGCGGAUCGAAAACCAGAGCUUUGGAUAAACACAUGAUUGAUUUUCUCAGGAUGUUGGUUAAUCGAAAAUACUCUUAAACGCGAUCUAGACUAACCUGGACUUGAACAGCUUUUCUGGAUGUAUACAGCAGUAUUUCAACACAGGUUGAGUUCUGUGUGUGCGUAAGUAAAUGUCAAAUUUAUUCAACGAAAUGGUACUAAAAAUAAAAUAAAAAAAACAGUCGGUAGAUGACUGGAGGCCGUUGGUCUUCCCGUUUGUAUAUCUCAAAUGAUUUCCGUUCAAAGUCGGAGGUUUCAGGUUUCGUACACGAGGAAAUGGCUUUAAUCUGUAUAAUACCGCCUUUUUUGUUGUUGGUUCAAUAGAAGUACUUAUUUUGAAGCCCACCAUGCCGCCCUGUUACUAAACUUAGACCUGCUAAUGGUUCUAUUGUAUUUUUGGCUUUUAGAGAUGGUUUAUGAGAAAUCCUUGCCGGUUGGUGACAGCAAUGUAUCACUGGACAUUCUGGACACUGCUAGCAAUGUAAGCAGUUUAGUCACUUCUUCUUUCAUCAUUUACUGAUUGUUUUAAAAUGUUUUUCCUAAGUGCUAGCUCGAAAAAAAAACAGGAUGUUUUACCGACCACGGAGCUCGGUUUACAGGUAAUUCUACCCAUAGCUAAAGCCUCAAAUUAGCGAUCUUUUGACUAAGAUAGGGUACUGAGUAACGCCAUAAGACUUUUGUCCGACAGUCAAUAUCGCAUCACGUAGCCUCGUGUUCAAUUCUUCCUUGCUAAAUGAAUCUUAUCAUCAACUUUUUUCAAAAUAAACAGAUGUUUACUUAAUGGUUUGAUUUAUCUUUUCAACUGAUAACAGACUAACAUCUCGUGAUUUACUGAUGCUAAAGUGAAUUUUCCAGGGCCACACAACUGUCGUACACAACGACAGUGUUAGGCAGCUAAAAUUCUAGGAAAGUAUUACAAAAACGUCGACAAAAUACAAGAAUUUUAAAAGCAGUAAAGCAGCAGCUAGUAAAAUCGAAGCUUCUCUUACGUUAACUGUAGUCACAAAGUGCUGUUACACCAUUGCUUUCAGUUAGCUCCCCUAUGACCACACUCAAGUUGUCAGAUAAGAUUGACAACGUAAGUGACCUUCAGCACAUGGAACACUGAUCUAUCUAUUCCAGGAGAUCUCCGAUGAGAGAGAGGUUGUGGAAGUCACUGUUACAUAACUGUAUUCUGCUGAAGAUACUGAAAAUAGUAAUUAUCUAACAAAUAACGUUCUACUCAUGUUUUAAUUUUUGUUUGUGACGACCGUCAUAGGGAGAGAUAAAUAGUGGUAAUUGAAAGUUUUAUGUAGGGAUUUAUAAUCAUGAAUAAUUUUGGCUUAUAUUACUAGCGAAAUUAGCGUAUAGUGUAGGCUUUUAAGAUAAAACCUUCAUUUAUACGAUUAGUUGUACUCAGCCGAAGCUCCAAGCUCCAGCUAACAUUGAGUAGAGUAAGCUUCUUUUGCCGUAUGUGUUAUAUUAAAGGAUGAUGCCCCGUCGGGUUCGCCAAGAAGACAAAGCUCCAGGGUAACUGUGAGGUCUCAAAGUCUAUCAGCUCAAGGCAUUGUCCUUCGAUAAAUCAACAACUUAGGGCAGCCAUUUGUGUAAUCACCCUCCAUUAAUUUCGCACGUACAUAGUUUUGAUGCAUCGUAGGGGUCUUACGGAGAUGAAUGGAACCAUUGUUUUAAAUGCUUCUUGUUUUCUAAUAACCCAAAAGACGAUCAGUUCUUCUUUUGUAAGGAAUUGGUUUUGACUGAUUUUAGUUGAUGAAUGUGGAGCCAAUCAUACCCCGAGUUUCCAUAACCUUUACUCCUUAAUAUCAGUAUGCAUAUUCCCCAUACUACUCUCUAGACAUUUCCUAAGGUUCUGACAAGGAGAAUUUGUUCAACAAUCAACUUCUUUAGUUGGUGAUCAUCUCCUUUAUUCUCAUGACCUUAAUGUGUGAUUUAGGGGUGAUGUUGUUAGGAGAAAUUAGAUGUUAUUCACUCUUAGGGGUUAAAGGGUUAAGAGAUAUAAGCUAGUUGUGAAUAGCCACCCUUCCUUCCCAAACCAGCUCAUUUCUUCACCAACCCUGUAUAACUGAGAUCGCUGUUCUUUGUUUAAAAUAUUCAAGGCCGAAAUUAAAAGCGAACGUGCUUCUUCGUAAAGUAGAAAAUACUGUAAGCGCCAAAAGAAUCGUCCCUUUAGAUUUGCUAAGCUCAAAAUUAACGGCGGGGGUUGUUAUUCUAUUGUAUUCCCCCAGCAAGAACUCUAUUAAACGCCUGCCCUUAAAUUUCCAUCAAAUUUCCAUUAAGUAAAGACAGUUUCCUCGACAUUACCUCUUAUCACCGCGUCCAUCUAACGUCUAGUCAUAACAUAAAAUUAUUUGAUAUUUGAUAGGACGAUAAAUGACCUGAAAAUUUGUCUAGUCGUUUAAAAGUUCAUAUAUAUAUAUUUUUUUCAUUUUUGUUUCACUCAGGCUCAAGCUUCUUACAUUAGAAAUGGGGAAGGAUUCAUAGUGGUAUACUCGAUCACUGAUCAUUACAGUUUUGAAGUGGCAAGACAGCUUGUCAAGCUCAUCAAAGAGGUGAGAAAGCCUGACGGGGAGUGCCAGGUCCCUGUUAUAUUGGUUGGUAACAAGAAAGAUCUCCGCCGAGGAAGAAGUGUUAGCAAAGAAGAAGCCAGGGAGACUGCAAGCGAGUUCUCCUGUUCGCAUUACGAGACUUCUGCUCUAACCAAUAAGAACGUUCAAAUCGUUUUUUUCAAUAUGGUGUUCCAGGUUAGAUUCACCAAAAAGUCUCGGCAAAAGAGCCAGGGAUCAUCGGGUAAUAAUGGAUUUCUGAGCUCAGUGCGUCAAUUGUUUAACCAUAGGAGAGGUAGUUUGCAGGGAUGGUGAAGGAAUCUACGAAUUUGUUAUUGACUAGAAGAGUGGCUCAAGCGAGACUAAUUGUACGUCGACCUUCAUUGGGGAACAUAGUACGGCUAGUUCAGUAAUAAACUUAUCACGGAACCAAUGGCAAAGUCUAAAUAGGUAGGACAAUCACACAAUCAAAAAAGUUUUAGAAUUAUGUCUUAAUAAGACUAACAGGCGGUUACAGAGAACUGUUUGUGACUUUCCCCACUGAGGUGCGUAGGCGACAAAACUUUUCUCGUGUAGCCAUGUAAGCUUUUGCUUACGUGAAAAACGGGUUUCCUUCGAAAGAGGUUUACAAAAACGUGGGUAACAUUCAUCAGCCAGAAAGUCUCCUUUGGGACUGAUAUUGUGACAUUUCGAAGAUCGGCUGUAAAGGAGAUCACAGGUUAUAUCGAUAGAUAUGAAAACAUGGCAUGACAUGCGUAAAUAAAAAGUGCGCGAAUUCUUUUCAUACGUCUGUUGAUGGGGUGAUUUUUCAUUGAGGGUGAUUUUACUGAACAGUGUCUAAAUUGCUUUUUCAUGAUAAUGAAUAAAGGAAAUGGUUGAUUCCGGGAAUAAAAAUCACAUUAAACUUGUACCGUACUUCAUCCAGUUGAUUUCAAUCGUCAACUACCUAAAACACCG